AUACAUAAAAGCUAACGGAAAGAGAGCUGUGAGUAAAACACACACGAGCUGAAUGUCCUCACCCGCAUACACUGUACUAGUGAGAAAUACUUCACAUGACAUUUCACUUUAAGUGUUUCUCCAAAAAAAAAAGUUGACACUGAUUAUCUUUAUUGAUUAAUUAACAUCACAUCCCUUUUCUUGCAAGACGCUGGAUUAAAUGCAUGCAAUGUUUAGAUGUGCAGUGAGUACUGUAAGCCGUCCGGAUGUUAGUGUGAGGAAAUGUGAUUUUCCGUGUUCUUGGUUCUAAGUGGCGCGUUAAUCAUAUAAAUGUGCGACAAAAUUGCAUGUGUUGUAACCCUUACACAAUAACGAAUAUACAUGUAUAUCAUGGAUUGGUACUCCCGAUAUCUUUAUUGUAUUGUGCUGUCCGUUUUAAACGUGCAUUCAUCCGCAGUGGUACUAACAGGUGUUAACCUUAAUUGGAGAGAGGCUAAUGGAGCUUGUCAGUUGAUAAAUUUUUCACAAGUGAAGACAGAAUAUAACAAGUUUAAAAAUGAUAUGGCUGUGGAACCCAAAGUGACUCCUAAUUCUGGAUACUGGAUACAAGACGCAGUAACGGAAUUCAGUGUCGUGAAUAAAGGUUGUCAGAAGAACGUCAAUAUCCUAAAAUCUACAACGGUUAAAAACAACAUGCUUUUAAAGUGCUUUCAAUUUUGUCAGAACAAUGCCAAUUCAACGAUCAUUGGAGUAAAGGGAAACAAUUGUUCGUGCUUGAAAUCAGUGGCAUCUGACACAUACUCGACCAACUGUGAUAUUCUAUGUGUAUGGGAAGACAGACUGUGUGAGAUGGCAACAGGUUUUUCCGUUUUUGAACGACAGGAUAGUAUUGGCAUGCUGAGCGGUUUUGAAAUUGAAGAGUGCAUCGUUAUCGGAUAUCAAAGAGCACAGAAAUUUAACUGUUCAUCAAAGAAUAUGUAUAUUUGUCAAAGUAAUAUUUUAUUAUAUGAAUCCAAUGACAAAGUUACUUGGAUGGAGGCUGUGUCUAAAUGUGCAAAACAAAAUCAAACAUUAGCUUAUUAUCUACCGUUUUCAGACGACUACAACCGCUUUCGUCAGCGGUUAUCUUAUUUCUGGAUUGGCAUAAGACAGUUUAAUCAAAUCGAAACGGUGAAACAAGGAAGCAGCUCGUGUCCAGUGAUCCGUCGAUAUAAUAGAGAUGAUAUCAUUGUUGAAAACUUAAACUGUGACGAAGAAAAGAAAUAUAUUUGUUCCGAAGGUACUUUUGUUUCUAAAUAUUAGAGACAAAAAAAUUAUGGUUACUAAAAUGAAUGAGUUUAGUUCUAUCAACAUUAUUCCUUUACAAACAUUAAGAAAAACAAGUUUAUUUUCGCUUUUACCACUAAU